AUGGCUGGAUGGACGAGUGACCAGAUAGUGGCAGGAAAAAGCGACGGGGUGUAUUGGCUAGGGGCUUCAGGCGCUGGAACGUUCCUCAAGCCAAUAUUGCAGUUUUUUUCCCAUUCAUUCAACAAAUACUUCACUUCUCCUCCUCCUCCUUCUUUUUCUUCUUUAUCUUUUCUUCCUUCUUCUUCUUCUUCUUCUUCUUCUUCUUCUUCUUCAAUUUUUACAAUAUUUCAUUUUUUUCUUUUCUUUUUCUUCUACAACUUUCACACUCACACAUCCACACACACAGUCAUACAGAGAGAGACAGACGCGUUAUUCCUGACUUUUCCGUUUUUUCUCUCACGGUCUUCUCCCGCCCCUCUCUCUCUCUCUCUCUCUCUCUCUCUCUCUCUCUCUAUCUAUCUAUCUAUCUCUCUCUCUCUAUCUCUCUCUCUCUCUCACACACGGAAACACACAGAGAAACACAUGCAUGAUAUUCUUCACUUUUUAUCUCUCACGGUCUUCUCACUCUAUCUAUCUAUCUAUCUAUCUAUCUAUCUAUCUAUCUAUCUAUCUAUCUAUCUUUGUAUGUCGCUGCUGAGUGUUUCUCUCUGUCUGUUCGUUGGCGCUUCAUCUUUUCGUCUCUCCCUCUCUCUUUCUCUCUCUCUCUCUCUCUCUCUCUCUCUCUCUACUUUACUAAAAUUUUUCAUUUCUGUGUCGGUUGAUUACUAUCUAUCUAUCUAUCUAUCUAUCUAUCUAUCUAUCUAUCUAUCUAUCUAUCUAUCUCAGUCUCUCGCUCACUGUUUUCGGAUUUAA